AUUAUUGGAUAAUAACCGUACGUAUCCAUUCAACACAAGUACACAACAGGAUCUAAGUUUUCUGCCACUAUUUUUUUUUAUUUGAAAAAAUCGAAAGCAAAGAUUCUUUGUUCCAAUUUCCAAAUCGUGAAUUGCUGCCCUAGUUCAAACCACAAUGUCAUCUUCUAUACUUAGAGGAGAUUCCAGAAGAUUCAACAACAAACAAAGAGGAAAACAUCAUUUGACACAACAGAAAAGACAAGAGAUUAAAGAAGCUUUUGAAUUAUUCGACACUGAUGGCUCAGGUACUAUCGAUGCCAAGGAACUUAAUGUUGCUAUGAGGGCCCUUGGUUUUGAGAUGACUGAAGAACAAAUUGAGCAAAUGAUAGCAGAUGUCGACAAGGAUGGGAGCGGAGCAAUCGACUAUGAUGAAUUUGAGCACAUGAUGACAGCCAAAAUAGGAGAAAGAGACACUAAAGAGGAGCUCAUGAAAGCUUUCCAUAUUAUUGAUAAAGACAAAAAUGGUAAGAUAUCCGCAUCAGAUAUCAAGCGCAUAGCAAAAGAGCUUGGUCAAAAUUUUACGGAUAGAGAGAUUCAGGAGAUGGUUGACGAAGCAGACCAAAAUAAUGAUCGAGAGGUUGAUCCAGAGGAGUUCAUCAUGAUGAUGAACACAACAGGCUACCGUCACUAGCCAUAUCUACAUGGAGUAGUUACUUACAUUGGAUGAAGUUAUACUUGUGUUAUUGUGCAAAUUGUAGGAAUGAUCGAAUGUUAUUUUAUUUUGAUAAGAAAUAUGAAUCAAAUGUUAUGUUUUUGCGUCACCUGUGAGCAUUGAUGCAUGUCUGAAUUUAGGUGUUCUGUUUGGACCAAAUGCAACUGAUUACAGUAGAUAUAAUUUACUUAUUCUAAAGUUUAAAUUUCAAUGAUACAAAUA